AUGGUAAACAAGAAUUUGGUUCAUUUCCAAGUGCCUCGUCUUACCAAAGAAAAUUAUGGCAGUUGGUGUAUUCGUAUGAAGGCUUUACUUGGUUCACAAGAUGCAUGGGAGAUUGUUGAUAGAGGCUAUGAAGAACCGGCAGAGGAUGUGAUUUUGAAUCAAGCUCAACGAGAAACUUUGCAAAAUACCAGAAAGAAAGACCAAAAGGCUCUCACAAUUAUUCAUCAAACCAUUGAUGAUACAAAUUUUGAGAAGAUUUCUGGAGCAACCACCGCAAUGCAAGCAUGGCAAAUUUUGGAGAAUACUUAUAAAGGAGUUGAUCGGGUCAAGAAAGUCCGACUUAAAAAAUUGAGAGGUGAUUAUGAAGCAUUGCAUAUGAAGGAGUCUGAAUCAAUUUCAUAUUACACUUCAAGGUUGCUUGCCGUGGUAAAUGAAAUGAAGAGGUAUAGUGAGACGAUAAAUGAUGAGCAAGUAGUUGAAAAGAUACUUCGCUCAUUGGAUGAAAAAUUUAAUUUCAUCGUUGUAGCAAUUGAAGAAUCAAAGGAUUUGAGUACAUUGUCCGUUGAUCAACUUAUGGGUACUUUGCAAGCCCAUGAAGAGAAGCUUUUCAAGAAGAGCAAACAGGCAACCGAACAACUCUUUCAAUCAAAGUUGCAGUUGAAUGAUAAAGAAGAUAGCCAAGAAAGAGGUUAUCGAGGUCAUGGUCGUGGUCGUGUAGAAGUCGUGGACGUGGUGACUUCAGAGGUCGUGGACGAGGAAACUUUGGUCAAAGAAAGUUUGAUGGGAGUAAUUUCAACUCCAGUUCGUCAAGAGGUCGUGGCAAACAAAAUUAUUCGAGGUCGUAUGGAGGAAAGUCAAAUGAUGAUAGAAGGUAUGACAAAAGCCGAGCUGAAUGUUAUAAUUGUCAUAAAUUCGGUCAUUAUUCAUGGGAGUGCAGAAAUAAAGUAG